AUGGGCGCUGGUGCGCUGUUUGGCUUCGUGGAGCUGGACGCUUUGCGGGCGGUCACCUUCCUGGGGCCCUGCCACGCCGCGCGCCUGGCCUCUAGCUGCUCAGCCCUGAGCUUGGCGCUGCCCUUCCCGUGCCUGCGCACGGGGGCGGCCGCGCUGGCAACCUCCAGCUCGUCCUCCCCGGCGUUGGGUACCGCUGGCUUGCUGCAGGCCCAGGUGCUGCGGGAGGCUCUGCAGACCACGGCCCCAGAGCUGCUGGCAGGGGGUGAGGCUGGAGCUGAGGGCGGCCGGCCUGGAGCGCCAGGACGGUGGCUGGCCCUGCUGGCGCCAGGUGGCACCGAUUCGCUUUUCUGUGCUGCAGCGCAUGACGUGCGGCUGGCGGCAGCCGCGGCCGUGUGGGCGGCGGCCUUGCAGCGCCCGGGGCUGGCGGCCGCGCUUCGGCGGAUGGUCGGCCCAGAGGAGGAGCUGCCGCCGCUGCUGCGGCGCAUGCUGGCCAUGAGGUCGCGCUCGGACCAGCAGCAGGACGAGGACGACUUCUUUGAGGCUAUCUUUGACGGCAACAUUGCCACUGUGGUGCUUCGCCUUGCUUGCGGAGCCGACGUGGAGGCUACCGGCCCACGGAUGCAUCAGGGCGACGUGGGCUGCUGCAAGUGGACACCCCUCGCAGCUGCUGCAGACAUCUCCUCGCGGCGAAAGCAAGGGUUUGCCCUUACCAGCCUGCUGUUGUCGGCGCGCGCCCACGUGGACCGUGCCUGCCCUGGGCCCUGCGGCUGGACGCCGCUGAUGCGGGCGGCCGCCGCCGGCAGCGGGGCGGCGGACACCUUGCGGCUGCUGGUGGCGGCGCGGGCGGACGUGCGCCUGCGCGCGGAGAACGGCAGCACGGCGCUGGAGAUGGGCGACAAGGCCGCCGCGCGGGUGAUCCGCGAGGCCCGGGAUGCCCGCGCGCACAGCUCGGUAGAGGUGCCCAGCUCCAGCAAGAGGAAGGCCCAGAGCCCGAACCUCCUGGCCCUGGCCAAUGCCGGGCGGGGAAAGGUCUAUGUCAACGGCCAGUGGGCUGAGCUGGAGGAGCCGGCGCAGGAGGCUUUGGGCCGUGUGCGCCCUGGCGCGAACAAGGUCUCGUAUACUGGCCGGGACGGAACCGCCUACUUGGCUGACCUCUCGCAGAUGAUGCAGCUGAAUGAGCGCACUGGGCGAAAGAGGCCGAUCCGCUGCGAGGCUUCCCUGGAUGGCACAGUGAUGGGUCUAGGCAAGCACAUACCCUCCAGGGUUCAGGUCUUUCAGGAAGGCGGUUGGAAGACGAUGUCUAUUAAGAACGGUGCUUCCAUCGAGGACUCCCUGCGCUGCGGGCAGAGCGUCUUUGAAACCGAGGACCAGGGCUGCAAGUACAGGGUGAACCUGGAGGACUUCACCCUCACCAACCUCAGCACUGGCUGCACCGCCAGCGUUCGGCCCCUCGAGGAUCACCCCGGCGCGCGUGCGCGGAGCAGAGAGGCGCACGCCCCUUCGGUCCUCUUCUCAAGGUACUUCUCCAUCCUGACCGGCUCCGAGCAGGCUCGGACCCUCACCCAGGAGGUGGCGGUGUCCCAGUGGCUGGCACAGGCCCUGCCACUCACCUCGGAGGCGGAGGAGGGUCGCGAGCUGGUGCUGGCAGAGGCGGAGGGCCUUUUUGCGCGCAUGGGCCUUGCCAGGCCGAAGGCGGCCACUCGGGAGGAGUGGGUGCACUACUGGAUGUUGGAGGCCUCAGCGCCCAGCAGCCACGCUUUGGGCAUCCUGCAGGGUGAGCUGGCCAAAGCGACCAGGGACUCACCCAAGGUCAUCGAGACUCUGCUGAAGCUGUUUCUCGAUGCCGACUCCAAUGCUGACGGGGAGAUCAGCGGGCAAGAGAUGACGCAGUGCUGCAAGAAGUAUCUCCAAGGUAGUGGGGUGCCGUGGCCUGGUGCGAGGAAGUGGCUACAAAAGCCAGAGACGCAGCAGGGCAGCCUGAACUACUUUGAGUUCGUUGGGACGCUCGUGGGCCGUCAGCAGCACGACGUGUGGCUGUACCAGUACGACAUCUCAGGGGGCUUGGCCGCCUGGGCUGCGCCCGUGACGAUGUUCCAAUCGGUGGAAGGCAUCUGGCACACCGGCGUGGUGGCCUUUGGGAAGGAGUAUUGGUACGGGGGCCAGUGCUUCGAGAGCAAACCCCAGAGCACACCCUUCGGGGAGCCUCUGAAGCGGAUUUACCUGGGCGCGACCCUCUGCACGCAGGCAGAGCUUUGGGACAAGAUGGACAGGGAGCUGUGCAGAGAGUACACCCGCGAAGCCUACGAUGUCUUGCAGCACAACUGCAACCAUUUCUCCGACGAGGUCGCCAUGUUCCUGCUUAACAAGCACAUCCCUGAGGAGGUGCGCUCUCAGCCGCAGCAGCUGGCGGACUUCCUCACAGCACAGGAGAACCUCAGAUCUCGGUUCCAUUCGAUCGCCAUGAGCGACUCGCUUGCGAUCCCUCGGGCUCCGCUGGCACUGGCGCUGCUGGCCCUGGUGUCGCGUAUCCGGCGCCGGGCGAAGGCGCUGGCGCUCCGUGCGGUGCCCAACUGGCCGCCGGCGCCCAAAGUGCUGCUGCGGAAGGGCGGCCUGGCGGUGGUGCUGGGCCUCCUGCUGCUGUGGCUGACCCGUGGACCAACCAAAGACGUGCUGGAAGAUGACGGCAUGCGCGAUUGGGUGACGAAGGAGCGCGAGAAGCGGCGGAAGAAGCUGCUGGACCUCCUGGCCCAGCUGCCGCUGCGGCGCCUGCAGCGCCUGGUCCCCCUGCCGGAGCUGGAGGAGAAGCUCAAGGAGGAAGGAGAGAAGAAGGACGAGCAGAUUGAGGAAGUUGAGGAGCCGCUCAAGUUUCCGAUCACUGCGGAGUCUGUGGCCGAUGCCGCGGAGGACCUCGCCAAGGCGGAGAGCUCCGCCCCCGCGGCGCGCCUGGGCUUCGCGGUGGCGGGGGCGCUGAGCGCCUGCGAGCUGCAAAUGCUGGCGCGGAAGGCGGCACGGGCGCCAGAGGAGGCCCAGGCCGCGGAGUGCGACGCGCUGCAGCAGCGCCUGCGCGAGCUGCAGGACUUCGCGGAGACCGUGGCCCUGCGCUGCGAGAGGUCCUUCGCCCGGCGCCUGGGCCGCAGCUUCGGCGCCGCGGCCAAGGAGGCGGAGGCCUUGGUGCGGCAAAGGCGCCUGGCGCAGUGGAGGUGUGUCGCCGCCUUGCUGUGGCGCUUCAAAGGGACCCUGCCCUUCAUGGGCCUGGCCUCGCUGCUGUCGAUGGUGCUGGGCGCCUUCUCGGCCAUCCGAUUUCACUACCAGGCCGCGGUCAUCAACUUGGCCAAGGAUGCUGUCACAGGAUCCAAGGCUUCCUCGAGCAUUGAGGAGACGGUGGGUGCCAUGCUGGUGAGCGAGGCGAUCGUGCAGCUGGCGGAUUUCGCGCGGGCGCGGCUGACGCUGCUGGGCAAGUCCAAGGUGGUGCAGGAGCUCAAGGUGGCGCUCUUUGCCGCGCUACUGCGACAAGACUUGGACUACUUGGAGCAGUGUGACCUUUGGCAGCUGCGCGCCACCAUUGGUAGCACCGGCACCAUCGUCUCCCAGGUGGUGGACUUCCCGGCGAUUUUGGUGGAGGCGCUGGCGCGGCUCCUGGCCGCCGUGCUGGCCUUGGGCCGCCAGAACGGGCGCCUGGCGGCCUUCCUCGGGGUGAUGUUGCCCUUGCGGCUGCUACUGUCACAGCUGCUGCAGCAUCUGGAGAACCAGCUGCAGAGGAAUGGCCUGCCCGACUUCAAGGGGCAGAUCAACAGUUGUUGGAGCUGCCUGGUGCGCCCGGCGGCGCUGCGCACCAUGCGCGCCUUUGCGCGGGAGCCCACGGAGCUGGCCGCCUUCGCGCGCUUCUUGCGGGUGCAGGACGAGCUUCAGCAGCGCUCCACCUUGGUCUUCCGCAUGAUGCAGCCGGCGCAAGUGCUGCUGGAGCAUAUGCUUGAGAUCGGCACUUUGUGGUACGGGGGGCGCCUGGCGCUGCGGGGGGAGAUGGCCUUCGGGGAGUUGUCCUCAGCGGUGCUGGUGGCCAGCGGCGCUUUCGAGGGCGCCAGGUACGCCCAGUGCGCGGCGGCCAACGUCUCGCAGCAGGCGCUGGGGCCCAUGGCGCAGAUGGCGCAGCUGUUGGGCCGCACCCCACGCAUCGGCCUGGAGGAGCCGCCUUUGGCCUCCAUGCCGGACGUCAACGCCAUGCGCUGGGACCUGGAGUUCCGCGAGGUGCACUUCAGCUACCACCGUGGCGCGGCAGUUCUGCGGGGCUUAUCCUUCAAGCUCCGCCAGGGUGAGUUUCUGGGCAUCCUGGGCACCACGGGCUCCGGAAAGUCCACGGUGCUGUCGCUGAUCCUACGGCUCUACGAGCCCCAGAGCGGGCAGAUCUUGCUGGACGGCCGGGAUAUCAAGGAGUACAACCCUUUGUGGCUUCGGAGACACAUGGGCUUUGUCAGCCAGGACUUGGUGCUGUGCAACCGCACAGUCCGGGAGAAUCUAUUCUACGGCUGCGAGGAGGAGCCCAGCGAGGCGGAGGCCCGCGAGGCGCUGCGGGUGGCGCAGUGCGAGGAGACCUUCUUCAACCCCGCGGCCUUCCCCAAGCUCUGGCACACCGACGUGGGGGACAGCGGCUCCGACCUCUCCGGGGGCGAGCGCCAGCGCCUGGCGCUGGCGCGGGCCGUGGUGAAGAAGCCCCGGCUGCUCAUCUUGGACGAAGCCACCUCUGCCCUGGACGAGAUCUCCCAGGCCAAGCUCCAAGAGGAGGUGGAAGCACUGCGGAGGAAGGAGGGGAUGACGAUGAUAUGUGUGGCCCAUCGCCUGUCGAACCUGGCGCGUGCGGAUCGCUUGCUGGUCAUGCAGGAGGGGCGAGUGGUGGAGGAAGGCACACCUGCGGCCCUGCUGCAGAGCGGGGGCGUCUUCGCGGAGUACGCGCAAGCGCGGCUCGGUGCAGAUGUUGUGCUGUGCUUUGCUCGGGGUCUCGGGAGACCCGGCGCCCGGCGCGCCAAGGGUCCGGGGGACUGUGCCGGCCGAAGUUUGGCCAAGGGCCGCGGCCGGCCGCUGCUGAACCAAUGGCUCGGCGGCUUCGAAGCAGAGGCCGUGAAGGGACUCGAGGAGGCCCGCGCCGCGGACCUCGCGAGGGUGGAGGGCACCUGGCAGCAGAUUGCGGUGGGCAGUCUGGUCACCUAUGCGCGCGAGGGCCUGCCAUCUCUCACCGCAGAGGUCAUUGCAAAGGAUGGAGGCACCUGUGACCUGUGGUGGUUUGAGGCUCGGGGGAGCCAGCAAGGCACCUUUGUGGAGGCUGCCAACGUCUCCAAGAUGCAGGUCAAGGGCCUGGGCCGGCGCACGGGCCGGCGCCGCAGCCGGCGUGCCGUGAUGGAGGCAUCGCAUGGAGAAGGAUGUGUGAUCGGCUGA